AUGUCGUGUGAAGAAAGCUACUUGGCCAUCAUACGCUAUCUGACUGAUGAACGGGAGCCAUAUGCGCCGGGGACGCCUGGCAAUACCAAGAGAAAAAUCCGUAAAGCGGCCACCUGCUACGUUGUACGGAACGGGACUUUGUUUUAUCAGCGUCGACUGAAGGGCCAGAAUGACUUCACGGAGCUGGAGGUGGUGCUGCAGGACGACCGGAGGAAGGAACUUAUCAACGAGGCGCACAUUAUUGCCGAAGGAGGGGAGCACCUCAACCAGCAACUCACCUGGGAGUCCAUCUCUCAGAAGUACUGGUGGAGAGGUAUCCUGAAGAAUGUGAAAGACCACAUCAGAGAGUGUGCUCAGUGUCAGAGCAGGCGCAGUGCCGAUGACGGCUCGGGACCUCGACUGUUCUCCCGGCCGGGCAGACGCAGAGCGGCUGUCAACCUGAACGAUGAGGAGGAUGAGGAAGAGGAGGAAGAAGGGGCGGAUGAUCAUUUAUUCCUCACCGACUCGUCUUGUCAGCUGAGGUCCAAGUUGGCAAAGACGAUGGCCAAGCACGAACUGGUGUUUGUGGACAGCAAGGGUGAGGUCAAUCAGUUCCUGCCUAAACACAGUCAGACGAUGUUGGACAAACUCAACCAACAGCGCCUCAGCAAUCAGUUCUGCGACAUCACGCUGCUGAUCGAGGGAGAGGAGUACCGUGCGCACAAAGCUGUGCUGGCAGCGUGCAGCGAAUACUUCCACGAGCUCUUUUUUGAGAAGGGGGCUGCCUCCACACAUGAAGCUGUGGUGGACCUCUCUGGUUUCACCAAACCCAGCUUCCUCCCGCUGCUGGAUUUUGCGUACACGUCCCUGCUCACGUUUAAUUUCUGCAUAAUGGCAGAUAUCGCCAACCUAGCCCGACAUCUGCUGAUGACCGAGGUGCUGCAGAUAUGCGAGUCGGUGCACAAGCAGGUGGAGGAGCAGAAGCUGACGGUGUACCAAAAAGGAGACGUGCACACCGUGUUGUCGAGCCAACCGGCUCCUCAGGAAGGCUUGAAAGACGACUCUGGGUCUUACAUGGUCACCAUAGAGAGCGAUGGCAGGGCGGUGGUCACCCACAGCGGGGUUGCUGUUACAGGCGAGACGUUAGCUUUUGUUGCUCCUCCUGAAGAGGCCUACCUCCAGCAGCCCAUGACAGUUGUCGCUGAAGCUGUAGAGGGAGGCAAAGAGCAUCAUGGGGAAGCUGCGCCGAGCGAAACAGUGACUCUGAUCACUCACAGCGGACAGGCCGAGCCGGGAGAGACUGUCACUCUUAUUUCACACAUUGCAGAGGGGAUGGAGGAGGAGACGAUGACUGUGGUCACCCACAGUGGACAGGCUGGAGCCAGCGAGUCCCUCGCCGUAGUGUCGGCCUGCCUGGCGAUGGAGCAGCCGCAGCCCGCUGAAGCAGGAGGCUUUGUCAUAAAUGUGGACCCAGACAAAGGGAGCCCCUCGGAGGUUGCCAAACUGGCGUCUGCAACCGCCCCCGAAGCUGCACCGCCACCUCAGGAGAAAGCAGAAUCAGCGCCUGCACCCCAGAAACGUAAACGAGGGCGUCCAGCCAAGGUGAAGAAGGAGGUGGAGGUAGAGGAGUUUGUGCCGCUGGAGGAGGAGGACCCCUCUGCUGAUGAAAGCCACGGAGACAAGCAGGAGACGGCGUCAGAUGACCCCAACAAAAGACGACUCAGGCAGCGCUCUAUAGCUGAGGGCGGUUAUGCACGUUUACAUAUGGGGCUGGAGGAGGAAGAGGAGGGGAAGAAAGGUUCGACCUCGCCACGGGCCACCACCCCUAAGGUGGGUCCGAGGCCAGGUAAAAGAGGAAGACCACCAAAGCAGCCAGUGGAGGUUCAGGGGGAAGUACAGUCUGUGACGGAGUCGGGGUCGGGGGCAGAUCCAGAGGGCAUUGCAGUGGAGAGCGUGCCGAUAGAAGAGCCCAGCACAGACGAGGCUGGGAUGAAGGUGGCAAAGCCAGAGACCGCAAGCAAGCAGGAUCAAACGCCGACGGAGAGCGCGGUGGAUGGAGAGCACACGUGCUCCGAGUGCGGCAUGUCCUUCCCGAGACGCUACUCUCUCAUUAUGCACACGCUAAAACACGAGAAAGCGCGUGGAUACAAGUGCAGCCUGUGUAGCAAAGAGUUCCAGUACGCCGCCUCACUUCGCGCCCACCUGGCCCGACACAAGCAGCAGAGCAGCCAGCGAGCGCCCGUCACCAAACCCUCUGCCGAACAGAGCUCCGAGAGCAAGGUGGACAGCGAUCUGGAGGACAAGACGUUAUCGCCACACACCAAACGGGAAUUUGUGUGCGACAUCUGCGGGAAGACCCUACCGAAGCUCUACUCACUGCGGAUCCACAUGCUGAACCACACGGGCGUGCGGCCUCACUCCUGCAAGGUCUGCGGCAAGACGUUCGCCCACAAACACAGCCUGAAGAUGCACAGAGCGCUGCACGACGUCACCAAACAGUUCCAGUGCGAAUUCUGUAAGAAGUCUUUUGUGAGCAAGCGGAGCAUGGAGGAGCACACCAGCGUCCACACAGGUGAAUCAAAGUAUCUAUGCAACACGUGUGGAGCAACUUUCCAUCGAGCCUCAGCUUUGAGCAAACACCUGAAGAAGCACCAACCCAAACCCGACGUCCGUCCAUUUGCCUGCACUCACUGCGAUAAGAGGUUCUAUGAAGCCAAAGAUCUCCAGCAGCACAUGAACAAGCACAUGGGCCUGAAGCCGUUCCAGUGCCAGGUGUGUGGGAAAUGCUACAGCUGGAAGAAGGACUGGUACUCCCACGUCAAGUCCCACAGCGUGGCGGAGCCCUUUAAGUGUAAUGUGUGUGGGAAGGAGUUCUUUGAGAAGGCUCUGUUCAGGAGGCACGUGAAGAAAGCCACGCACGGGAAGAAGGGCCGAGUAAAGCAGAACCUGGAGAGGGAGUGUGAGCAGUGUGGGAGAAAGUUCACUCAGCUGCGGGAGUACAGACGCCACGUCAACAACCACCAGGGAGUGAAGCCAUUUGAGUGUCUGACUUGUGGCGUCGCCUGGGCCGACGCCAGGUCUCUCAAGCGCCACGUCCGCACGCACACAGGAGAGCGACCGUACGUAUGCCCCAUGUGCCAGGAGGCCCACAUCGACGCACGCACCCUCCGCAAACACAUGGCCAAGUACCACGGGGACAACCUGCCCGGGAAGAUCAUGCUGGAGAAAGACACCCUCCAGUUCCACAACCAGGGCACCCAGGUGGAGCACGCCGUCAGCAUCCUGGCGUCCGAGCUGCCCCCCGAGCUCCGGCCGGCGCAGCAGCAGCCCUCGGAGGAGAUCGAGACGGUGCUGAUCACGGAGGAGACGGUGGAGGCCGUGGAGGCGGUGCAGGCCGUGGAGGCUGCGGGCGACGGCUCGGUGGCGACGCUCUCAGAUCAGGGCAUCAUGCAGGUCGUGAACUACGUCCUGGCCCAGCAGGCACUCACAGAGGCCAAGCUCGAGGAAGCGCCCGAGGUGAUUCAGACCAUGGAGGUGGAGGUCGCUCACGUGGCCGAGGUGGAGUAACUCUGCGGCAGACGCCGGGAUUCCCACACAGACUGAUCACACUGAUUCUCACAGUCUGUAUAAAAUGUAACAGAAUGUAAAAAGAUGACUAUUUUUUUUGAAAAUGUAAAUAUCGUAAGUGAACCGUGAGUAUUGUCUGUUCAGAUCUGUGUUGGACAAGUUGUGACAUUUCUAUGUUCUAUGUAAAUAGCUAGAUAUACAGUAACAAGAUUGAGUUACACAUCUAUGAAAUUUGGCACUCAGGAGAAAUAAAGGUAGGAAUUAAGACGCUUGCUUUGGCUAAAUGUAUUUUACCCCGUCAUCUCUCCAUCUUAUUGCUUAUGGUGCUGACAGAGAAAAGCUGAGACUUUACUGUUGCAGAGUUCUCUACUCCCCCUAGUGUCGGCUUGAAGGAUGAGCAAAUAAAAAAAUGUCUACCUUUUGUUGGUCA